AUGCAACUGAUUUGCUGCGGGGCGCGCAUUUGUGCGGCUUGCGGAAUAUCAAAACUUCAACAAUUAUCCCAAUGUCCAUUUUGUGAGGAAUCAGGAAUACCUGAGGCCAGAGAUGAUAAAGGUUUCCGACGAGAACUUGAAGGCCUAUCAAUAAACUGUCCUAGAUGCAAUGAUCAAUCGUUUAGACUUUUCAAAGACUUGCCAACGCAUCUCAACGACAACCAUUGUGAUCUUGAGUGUGAAAGUUGCGACGAAAAAUUUAUUUUUCCGCAACAAAUUACGAAGCAUCAACAAGAAACUUGCAGAAAACGAAUUGUCUGUUGUCCGCUCGAUUUUGUAGGAUGCUCGAAAGAGGUUAGAUAUGAUGAAAUGGUUCAACAUUACUUAAAUAAUCAACAUCAACGAUGUCUUAUGUUGUUUAUUAAAAGAGUAUUUCCGAAAAGUUUUCAAGGACAAGCGAUGUCAAUUUUACCACCAUUUUUCGAUGAACAUAAUGGACAAGUAGUACAAUCUGAACCAAUUCAGACAUCACAAAGUGGAUACAAACUAGCAAUUAGUUGUGGUAUAUUUGUUGAUGAACAGAAUAAAAAACGUUAUGUAUCAAUUUCAUUCAUAAUUCUUCCUGGAGAAUUUGAUCCAAUUUUAUCAUGGCCAUUUCGAUUUCCAGUCACAAUCAAGUAUGUUAAUUCUUUCAGCAUCGAAGAUCUACGAUCUUCAUUCGAUAAUAAAUAUAACAAAGAAAAUAAUGAAUCUAAUGAUUGCCAUCCGUUACAUAACGAUGUCAUAUUAGAUGUCUAUAAUUGUGAUUUAACAAUGAUUGUUAAACAUGAUUGUCUUCGUGGUAAAUCGAUGAUUGACAAUGGAUUAUGUUCGUUAUGGUCAGGUGUACGAGUAACAUAUGGAAUCAAUCAACGACGUGGAGCUUUUCAAAUAAAAAUUCUUCAUCAUUUACAUUCUUCUGAUUUAUUACAUAAUGGAAUUCCAUAUGGGAUUCGAGUUGAUUGGUUAACCAAUGAGAGUGAUGAAUCAUUAUCUUAUGGAUAUGAAGAAACAGGAUAUUUAGUUGAUGAUAUAAUAACAUGUUAUGCAAAUUUUGAAAGUGAAUGUGGCAAUAUUUUAUUAUCUUUUGCUAAAAAUGAUUUAAAUAUUGAGUUAGAAUAUCGUAUAAAUUAUGAAGAUAUUCAUUCAGGUCGAUUAUUUUCUCAUAUAUUCAUUAAAAAUCUUUCAUUUCAAAUUAAUUUUGGUCAAUUAAAUACAAAAUAUUUUCUUCAAUCAAAUUUUCGUUUAAUAAAUGAUUAUGAUGAAGAUGAGAGAACUCGAGGUAGAUUAGAUCCAUCAAGUAAACAAGAAUGUGAAAAUAAUAAUUGUGAUUGUUAUUAUAAAAUAAUUGAUCGAGCAACAAAAUGUCUUAAAAUAAUGUUUGAUUUAGCUUCAUCUCAAAAAUGA